UUCAAAUUCAAAAGUGGUACAGUCCCACGGUUGUUUAGGCAACGGGGAGGACUGGAGGAACGUGAUUGGCUGAAUCCGAGCUGUGGAGUCGGUUGGUUUGUGGAGCGCGUGAGGGGCUUGUCUGAGGGAAGCAGCCAGUAUGGAGUCACCGCGGGAGCUUCGAGUGUUCAAGUGCGACGACGGGACGCGGCUGACGAGUUCAUCCCUCGCCAUGGAGAUGAAGAGAAAGAAGAUAAAAGAUGGGGCAUUGUCUGUCCAAAACGAGGACUGUAAGCUCCAGGAGAAGAUGGACUUUGAGAUGAAAAUGAGAGCAGGUGCAUAUAAGCUUCUGGUGGCCAGCACUAAGAGAGAACAGAUCCUCGAUGCAGCCAAGAGCCUGUUAACCUGCAACACACGAAUCAAAGGCUACAUGACUGAGACACAGAGGAGGAAGGAGCAGGAUGUGGCUGAAGGUUUUAGGAGGACUUCAGAUUCACAGAAUGGAAAACCUUGUAAAGGCAAAGUAGCAGUAACUGGUCUGCGCAUUCCACUAUUUUGGAAGGAUUUUGAACACUUUAACACCAAAGGGAACUCUCCGCGUGUUGCAGUCUUCUGUCUAAUGAAGAUUGGCACAGAGAUAUUUGACACAGAAAUGGUGAUUGUAGACCGAACAGUGACUGAUAUCUGCUUUGAAGGUGUAACCAUUUUUUCUGGGGUUAAGCCGGACUUUGAACUUGCUCUCGAGCUUUAUAGCUGUGCAGUGGAAGAGGAGGGAACUUUGGUCAACACACCAAAAAAACUGGCCCGGAAGCUGCGGUCCUCUUUCGGGAAAGGAUCUGGAAAGAAACUCUGCCCCCUUCCGGAUGGAGGAGAUCCUGAUGCUUUUCUUCAGUCCAACCCAGUACCACCUGGCGCUAAAUACUCACUUUUGGCGUACACAACACUGGGACUGGGGCAGACCGGCAGCUCAUUCCAGUCUCACUCCCUCGUAGUUUUACAGAAUGUGCAAUCAUCAUCAUGGCUGCCGCUCUAUGGAAACUUGUGCUGUCAGCUGGUGGCACAGCCUGACUGCAUGACACAGGAUGUGAUGAGUGGAUAUCUCAGCCAGCAGCAAAGCAUCGAGGGUUUACAGCAUUGCUGCAGGCUGUACUGUGUGCUAAAAGCUGGCCUGCUCUCUUGUUACUUCACUCCUGAGGAGAUUCAAGCUAAGAUAGAGCCCAGUGUAAUAAUCCCCAUAAAUAAGAACACCCGUCUUCGUGUAGUGGAGGCCAGCCAGAAAGGUGGGGCUAGGCUAAGCAUCAUUAAUCCAGGGACAGGAGAUCCUGCUAGCCAUAUAUUCAUAGCUGAGACACCUGACCUACUGCAGGACUGGUUCAGUGCUCUGCUGCAACACAUCCAUGAUCAGAGUCAAUGGCAGCAUACCUGCGAUAAGCUGAUGGAAAUUGAAGUUUUGUCCCCACGGAAGCCCCUUCUUUUUCUUACCAAACAAGCUGACUCAGUUUACAAUGAUCUCAGUAUUGGCUCACCAGGAAAAUUCGAGAGUUUGACCGACAUAAUUCAUAACAAGAUUGAAGAAACUGAUGGACGCUUUCUAAUUGGUCAGGAAGAGGAAAGAGAGCCUCCUCACUGGACAGCACUGUUUGAUGGCUCCAGGUCAAUGGUGGUGCAAAAGACUGUGCUGUCGCCUGGUAAAGACAACCCCCAGCUUAUACCCAGUCCAAGCUUAUCUAAUGCCAAGAAGAGAAGAGCACCUCUGCCACCCCCUGACAAAUUACCAUUUGUCCAUCCCACUGCCCACCCAUCAUGUCCUCCACCCUACCAGGAGAAAGAAAACUCCAACAAGGGGAUCAGGUCUCGUACCGGGCGACCGUCCAUGGAUGCUAAAUUCUCCGCCAUCAUUCAACAGUUACAGAAAAGCCAUGCACCCUCUCGGAAAAAUCCACCCUUAGCCCAGGUCGAGCCCGCUCAGAACCUUUACAUUCCAGUCAAGAUGGAUACAGAGCUCAGCUUGUCUGAACAUGGAGAAAAAGCAAGCACCCAGGUUCCUCAGCCACCUUUGGCUGCUCCGAGAAGUAAACUGAGGAAGUCGUUUAGAGAGAAGAUAAAACCCAAAGCUUGGUGAACUUUUAUAGUUAAUUUGCCUCUUAACAAACACUCAAAUCAGCUAUUAAUGUAAGGUUUUUUUUUUUUUUUAAUAUAAAUAAUAUACAUCAACUAUCAUGUAUAAUCAAACCUGUUUCUUUUGGCUUCAGAACUGAAGAGCAGAACUGAUAAAUAUAUUGCAUCCUUUCUUUUACUAGAAUACUGAAAACUGAGACUUUGGACUUCUUAUAUAGUGUGCAAUUUUAAUUAAAAACCAAAAGAAACGUAGAACAUGAAGUUGAAGAAAGCACAUGGACUGCAGUGGGCAUUUAGUCUUGUCUUCAUGUUGGUUUACAGCAUGUAUACAUUCCACCUGUGUAGAUUAUUUCCAUAUUUAACUUGGGCAUUAGUCUUAAACUUUUGAUAUUGGUAGUAAUAACCACUAGAUACACGCAUAUAGACAUUAAUAUUACUAUGUUUUUGUACAUCACUAUUCAGUUAUGCAAGUUUUCUUCUUUUGUUUAAACAUAACUGUGUGUUGGAUGAUUGUUAAAUGUCUGUAAUGUUGAAUGCUAUAUUGAGAAUACAUACAGUACUAAAGUGCCUAUUAAACUGCACUUGAAUUUAGAUGUUGCCUAAUAAUGGAAUGGGAAGAGAAAGUGGAACAUUUCCUUUUUUUUAUAUACUUUUAUGACAUUUUUAAUUAACAUUUAAACUGUUAACAUUCCUUUUGCAAAUAAUGUGAAUUAAUUCAUGCAUUCAUUAGGAGACACUCAUUUUAGAGGAGUAAAUAUUGUGCAAUACUUACACUACCUUUUACUUAACUGUAAUGGUUUCAUUCAAAGCGAGAACAUUUCUGUAUUUCUGCAUGUUGUUCAUCAUGGCAAGUAUCUUCUGCUUGGUCCAGAAUAAAGCACUCUGAACAUUUUCUUUUUUUCUUUUUGCUCCAUUCAACUGAUAAAUUAAUGGGACCAAUAAAUUUGAUCAAGCACUGAAA